UCCCAGGCCUUAACAUGAACAGUAUUGGGCAUUAGGCGGUCUAUUAGGUGGUUGUUGAACGCCAAGAAGAAGCCUGUUAGUUUUUCUUGAGGCCGACUGCAACAUUGUCAUCCGCUGCCGAGAAGACGUUUUUCCACAUUGUCGUUCACUGGAUAAGGGAGUCACCACGGUCUUCAGAAUAACAAUGCCCCCUCCGAUGCGCCACCGCUCCAUGCGGGUCUUCAUGAACGAUGACCGCCACGUCAUGGCAAAACACUCGGUCAUCUACCCAACUCAGGAGGAACUGGAGAGCGUACAGAACAUGGUGUCCCACACAGAGCGGGCCCUCAAGGCUGUCUCUGACUGGCUGGAUAAGCAGGAGAAGGUGCCCCCCAAGUCCGAAACUGACAGCGCAGACACCGAUAAGGAAAGUGAGCACAGAGAUCAGGCCACCCGGUCGCUGCGUGGCGUGAUGAGGGUGGGCCUUGUUGCUAAGGGCCUGCUACUGAAGGGAGACCUCGACCUUGAGCUGGUGCUCCUCUGUAAGGAGAAGCCGACCAUCAAUCUGCUCAAAAAAGUGUCUGAAAACCUUGUGACGCAGCUCAAGUCAAUCACAGAAGACAAGUACGUGGUGACGCAGCACGUCCGCGAGGCCAGUAUCGUCAUCAAGAACACCAAGGAGCCCCCUCUCACCCUCACCAUUCACCUGACGUCCCCUCUGGUCCGCGAGGAGAUUGAGAGGGCCACAACUGGAGAAUCGCUUUCAGUCAACGAUCCCCCGGAAGUUCUGGACAGGCAGAAAUGCCUAACUGCCUUGGCGUCUCUCCGCCACGCUAAGUGGUUCCAGGCCAGAGCCAACGGGUUGCGCUCCUGCGUCAUCGUCAUCCGGAUCCUAAGGGACCUCUGCGCCCGCGUCCCCACAUGGGCCCCGCUCCGUGGCUGGCCACUGGAGCUGAUCUGUGAAAAAGCCAUCGGCACAGGGAACCGGCCCAUGGGGGCAGGAGAAGCUCUGCGGAGAGUUCUAGAGUGUCUGGCUUCUGGAAUCCUCAUGGCAGGUAUAUAUGGUGCUGGAAUCUCAGAUCCGUGUGAGAAGGAAGCCACAGACGCCAUCGGUCACUUGGACCACCAGCAGAGAGAAGACAUCACAGCGAGCGCACAACAUGCCUUAAGACUGUCAGCUUUCGGACAGCUUCACAAAGUGCUUGGGAUGGAUCCCCUCCCUUCAAAGAUGCCCAAGAAACCCCGUAGCGAGACUCCUAUUGAUUACACAGUGCAAAUCCCACCCAGCACGGCGUACGCCCCACCAAUGAAAAGGCCCAUUGAGGAAGAGGAGGGAAUUGAUGACAAAAGUCCAAAUAAAAAGAAGAAAAAGCUGCAGAAGAAAUCCCCAGAGGAGAAAGCGGAGCCUCCCCAGGCUAUGAACGCUCUGAUGAGGCUCAAUCAGCUGAAGCCGGGUCUCCAGUACAAGCUGAUCUCCCAGACCGGCCCCAUUCACGUCCCGGUCUUCACUAUGGCUGUAGAAGUGGACGGCAAGACCUUUGAGGCGUCCGGUCCGUCAAAACGCACUGCCAAGCUGCACGUAGCUGUAAAGGUCCUCCAGGACAUGGGCCUGCCCACAGGAGUGGAACUAAAGACCGCUGAGACAGUAAAAUCGGAGGAGGCGGUGGUAGCUGUCGCGGUGGAGGAGUUGAAGCCAGUUGUACCACCCGUUGAAACCAUCGCUGCUGCCACAGGAGCAGCCAAUGCUGACACCACUGAUGCCGCAGAGACUGCUCGCCAACAGGGACCAAUCCUGACCAAGCACGGCAAGAACCCCGUGAUGGAGCUGAAUGAGAAACGCCGUGGCCUGAAGUACGAGCUCAUCUCCGAGACCGGCGGCAGCCACGACAAGCGCUUUGUCAUGGAGGUGGAGAUCGACGGCCAGAAGUUUCAGGGGACGGGAUCCAAUAAGAAGGUGGCCAAGGCCUACGCUGCCCUGGCUGCUCUGGAGCGGCUCUUCCCAGAGGGCUCCAUGGCCGAAGCUGCUAAAAAGAAAAAAGGACCGCCCAUGCACGCACCAGGCUUCGGCAUGAUGGGAGCCCCCGGAGCCGGAGACGCUGCUUCGCCCAGGGGCAGAGGGAGAGGAGGACGAGGACGCGGAAGGGGCAGGGGCUUCAACAACGGAGGAGGCUACGGCCAAGGAGGUGGCUUCGGAACGUACGGUUACGGGAACAAUGCUAUCUCUGGAUACAAUUAUUACAACAACGGUGGCACAAAUGGAGGAGCUGGGGCAUCGAACAGUCCGUCUGGUGGCCCUCCGGUCAGCCCAGCACCGGGAUCAGCUCAGGGCUCCUACGGCUCAUACUACCAGAACGACGGAGCAUUCAGCGCCACGCCUGCAGCGAAAAGCGCCAAAAAGAAACCCCCCAUGCACAAGGGAGGGAAGGCGCCCUUCACAGGUCCGCCAGGGGCCAACAGUGGAUCCGUAGGGGGGUACCAGUCAAGCAACCCCCCUGGGCAGGGCUCCUAUAACCAGUAUGGCCAGGGCUAUGGGCAGGGGAAGAAGACUUUCAAUCAGAACCAGGGGGGGGCGGGGGGAUACUCGUACAGCACUGCCUAUCCGAGCCAGGUGACGGGGGGCGCAGGCAGCCAAGACUUCAGUUAUGAAGGUUUCAACAACCAGUCCAAUUACAACUCACAGGGGGGAGGAGGCGGAGGAGGAAACCAGGGCUUCGGCACCAACCACUCUCAGUACCACAACCCAGUGGGCUACGGCAGGGGAGACGGCAGCAUGAACUACCAGUACAGAUAAACUCUAAUCACUCCGCCUGUGAAUCAUCGGCAGCAAGCACCCUGCAUUAGUGUCCGGAGCCUUCUCCAAAGAAAGCGACUGACGGCCUGCCUGUGCUCUCUGCCUUUUCCAUGUUUUGCUUCUUAUGUGCUUUUGAGUUUAAAUGUGGCACAUGUGGGCACAAGUUGAGUUGUCUGGACUUUUUAAGAGUCAGAGCUGAGUUGCGGCUGAAUUUAGUGGUUUGUUUCAGUGGUCUGGUCAGUGCUUAGUCUUGUGUUUUUAGGUCAUUCUUGUUUUUAUUUUUUAUCUAUGCUACCAGUCCGCAUCCUCGUCACUAAAUAAUGAAGGCUGAUUCUACAGAUUACUCACUGGCUCUGACUUGGUUUCCUUUUGUUAUAAAGAGUCGUGUGGCGACAGCCUUUUUCCUUUUCUCCUGUGAAACUAGUAAAAUCUUGUAGUUUUAAAACUACAAAGCUUGUUGUAUUUUUUGUAAUAAUUCAAUAGAACCCAAAUAGCUUGUUCUGUUCUGCAUCGCUUGUAAUUUCGGCCUAUUUUGUAAUUUACCUGAUGUGAUGUAGUUAUUUUAAUAAAUGGUUUUUUGAGAUUACUGGAAAAUACACUUACAUUCUGAUGUUAAAUCCAAAUUUCUGCUCAAUGUAGCUUUUCCAUUGGGUUGGAUUUGUUCCUGUUAAUGUGUAACAAAGUGUUUGUAUUAAUAAAUGAUUUUUAU